UGGCGGAGGCUUCGACGACGGAGCUCUACCUCUAGCUGUUAAUAAGGAUGAUCAUGUUGUGGGGGGGACUUCGUUAUCCCCAGACGACGGAGGACACAUAAGAAAAAGAAGAACGCAAAGAAAAUGACUUACUUCAAGUCUGAUGAGAAGAGUGGUUUAUCUUCUGAAGAUGAAGGAGACAUUCAGUGUGAGAUCCUGGAGAGGGAGAGGGAUGAAGCCAAUCAGAGACUCUCUGAGCUGGAAGAAGUCUCCAGUCACCUCUUGAAGGAGAUGAACGUUCUGGAAAUCCAGUUUCAGAUUGAGCGCUCUUGCAGGGAGAGCGCCGAGGCUCUGGCUGUGAAAGUGUCACAAGAGAACAAAGUCCUGAAGAGGAAAAGUCAGAUGCUGAUGCCUCUCAUCCCUGAGCUGCCUGAAAACAUAGCUGCUUUGACAUUUGACCCAGAGACGGACUCAGAGGUUAACAGUGACCCGAUCAAUGCUGAUGAGGAUGGCAGUGAGGAGACUCUGCUGCUAAAGAGUCAGGCCAAAAUCGCAGAGCUGCAGGCAUCAGUAGACAGUCUCCUGGCUGAGAAGCUGCAGCUAGAGCAAAAAGUGGAAGAUCUGACCAAAGAGCAGGUCCAACUCCAAGAGCAGCUUGCUCUGGAGGUGGGGGAAAAAGAAGUUAUACUGAGGAAAUUAAACAAACAGAGCAAAACCAUGAAUAAAAUCAAACGAGUCUCCCAGCUUGUCAGCGAGGAGUUCACAGAGAUGUCUCAGAAGCUGGAGCUGGAGCAGGGCCUCCGGGCGCACGCUGAAGUCUUCGCCCACCAGAUGUUGGUGCAACAGAAAGAGGCUCAGAGACAGAGCGUGACGCUGACGCCAAGCUCGGACACAGGCCUGCAGCUGCAGCAGGCGCUGGAGCAAAUCUCCACCAUCAGCACCACACUGAGUGACAUACAGCGUUGUUACCAUGACCAGAUAAAGCAGAACCAGGGCGCUGUAGUGGAGAGCAGCAUUGUAUCUGAGCUGCAGGAGCUGAAAGAACAGCUGGAGAGGAACGAGGGGGAGAGGAGGGCCUUAGAGACUCAGCUAACUGAGGCAAACACCACAGUCACACAACUUCAGGAAGAAGUAAAAAAGUUACAAGAGAAACUGGAUAGGAGAGAUAAAACAGAGGAACCUGAAGGUGGAUCCACUCCUGCUCCACCUCCUCUUCCUCCUCCACCACCACCUCCUCCUCUGCCGCCUCCUCCACCUCCCUCUGCUGUAAUGAAUCCUCUCGAUUUCCUGAAAAGCAGGAGAAAAGAUGGAGCCAGUAAAGCUGAUCAAAACAAUUCAGGCUCAUUGGUGGACAUGAAGCUAAAAGCAGUGGAUGAAAUGAUGGAGAGAAUAAAGAAAGGAGUUGUCCUGAGGCCCAUGAAAAUAAACCAGGACGACAACAGCGCAUGGAAGGACCAAAGGAGUGAGAAUAGGAAGUCAGCAAUACAGGAGCUGAAAGGAAUGCUGGACAACAUCAAACGUCAGCCCCAGCACAGACUGCCGUCCCGAAGAGGGAUGGGGCGACAUGUUGGUGAAGCAGAGCUCAUGCAGGUUCUCCAGAGGAGGAGGAGGGCGAUGGGAGAAAACCGAGACCCCUCCUCUUCAACACAAACACAGGACCCUCAGCCAGGACCACAAAGUGCCCCAGCAGCAGCAGAUGUUCCCUGGGCCGGUGAGACUGGCAGCGCUCCUGUGCUCCGGAGGCUGAGACAGAACAGAGAGAAGAGAGACUCUCGCAUCAGAGCGUCAGCGCUGAUCAUCAACCAAGAAAGCUGAGAGACGGAGAAAGAUCUCAACACCAGCACAGUUUAUGUUUAGAAGAGGAGUUUGGUGACUUUAACUGCAGCUGCAAACCUUUUUUAGCAAAUUUCACUUGUCUGGUAUCUAAAUUUCACUUCUAUCAACUUGUAGCUUUUUUUUUUCCUACAUUGUAAAGCACCUUGUGGUUAUUAUUUGAAAGGGGAUAUAGAUAUAAACUUGACUUGCUUCUUUGCUUACCUAUUUACAUAAAGCUUGCCUUCAGAAGAAUUUUUUCUUAAAGAUGUUCUUUACUUUUGAAAUAUCUUACAAUCAAAGGUCAGUGGCUCUUUCAUUUUGGUUGAAAAGUAGAAACAAUGACUUUAGCUUUGAUUUAGGAAGCAUCUGGAUCAAAAAAUGUGGAGAAUACUUCUCAAUGUUUGUCUGAUCUACAGUAAGGCUACACCUUCUCAGGGCUGCAUAAAAAAAAAAACAAAAAAACAAAGGAAAGCAUUUUCCAGAUACCGUUUAACCUAGAUCUGCUCCAAAUGGCCGGAACUUGUUGCGUGUGAAGGUAAAAGAAACCCAGUCAGCCGUGUUUAAUUUUCAACAUCACUCUUUUGAUGCCUUGGUUUGAGAUGAUCUAAGUGCAAGUUUUUUAACCUGCAGAAUAUAGAUGGAAAAAAAAAGCCCGAGCCAUAAAAAAAUCACUUAGGUUAUAUGAAAACCCCCGCUGCCUUCUCUCCUGAGGUGUCCGCCUCUUAAAGCUCAGUCCAGCAGAAGAGCAGAGACGGCCAUUUUUUUCCUGGCACAUUAAAGAUCUCACACCCGGGGCACAGAGGUGUUGUUGAGAUAAGAGCCUCAGGUGAUCUGUGCACGUCUUCCUGAAAGUAUCUUUAAAUGCGGCAGGUCGCCUUUUGUUUUCUCACCUCGGCACAGAUUCUGUAUAUCUGCAUGCAUGAAUGAUCUCGUGCACCACACCCUCACAGCACCCACCUGCAUGCCCGCCUUUGUUAAAAGUGUUUGAAGAGGAGGAUGAGAUUAUUCUCACCUUUGACUCCAACAACAUUUUAGUUUCUUCACACUGUUUCACAUUAUAUAUUUACUUUAUUUAGCUCCUUUUACCUGGAGGUCUGGGCCUUUUCACUCUUAGCAUACAUUUUUUAUUAUUUUCCUCCUCAAUCUCAGAAGGUGUCAGCUUUUGGGAUGCUGUAAUGUAUUCUGCCCCCACCCAGGGUGUUAUUGAAACAAUGCACAUGAAAGCCAGUGUGUGUUUAUGUAUCAAAAGAGAAAGAAAAGAAGAAAGAGCUUGGGAUAAAGGGAUAGUAACAGAGACAGCAGGGCCUGAAUCUGAUGCAGGGAGACCGAAAUAUGGAAGCCUUAAGUGGACAGAAAUCCAUACAUUUGACUUACUAUGCAUUCCUGUGACUUCUCAUUGUCAUUUCUGGUUGUUUUCUUGAGACCUUGCCUCCUUUUUCUCAUACCACAGAAAUAUAAAAGCACAAAAAAUAUAAAUAUGUCUUUUCUCAUUAUUAUGGACAAUUGCAGUGUCUCAUAUUGUGCAGCACUUCUCAACCUUUUUUCUGUUAAGCACCCUUAAAAAAUUUCACAUCAACCCGGUCAAAGUAAAUUGAUUAAAAAAAAAAAAAUUUACACAUCCCUGUGACUGCUGAGGGAUUCAUGUCGAAAUGAAAUUAAUAAGAUAAACUAUUAUUAAUAUUAGUUAUAAAAUAAUAGUGAUACUGAACUGGUGGGUAUGGACCCAAAUGUGGGUUGUGGAGAGUUUUUCCCAGUGAGUAUCUGAAAAAAAAGGCAGUAAAAGUAUGUGAUGUACUGUAGCCAUUAGUGGUUAUACAUCAUGCAUUAAUGUUAGCUUUAAUGUUUAUCUCGUUUUCUUGAAAUGACAAGGCUGCCCUUUCAGUUAUAGAGAGGUAAUUUCACAAGAUCCCUGGAAAAUUGACAGUAUCCAUUGCAAUGGGGAAAUGGGAGGUAAAUUGUAUGCUUUGUCCUGUCUUUUUUUUUUUUUUUUCAGCCAAGAUUGGAACGGCAACAUUUUCAUAAAAUAAAUAUGCAGAUAGAUCUGUAGAUUUUUUAUUUUGUAAUUUGGGUCAAAAUUUGUCAUUUAAGAGAUUGUUGUGGGUCCUAGGGCUGGAUAAGUUCAGAACUGCAGUAAAUUACUUUAUUAAAACAGUUAAAUGCCUGUAUUUUAAUGGGAUGGGAUUACCUCAGAAACACAUUUUGGUGUGUUUUGGCCAACCUGCAUAGUUGAAAAUAAAAGAAAAUCUUGAUUCUUGCCCACUGCCUACUUACAUACACCUAUUUAUUCUCUGACCCAGAUGCUGACAUGAAUUCAAGGAAAGUGGAAAUGAGACAAUUUUGAUAAUGUUGGGAUAGCUAAUGAUCUUGAUAUUCAUGGUAAUUCUUGGUUUAAUUUAACCCUUUAAAAUCUAGUUUGUCGCCAGCAACUCACUGGGGAAGCACACUUUGUAUUACCAUUUGUUUGUGCCAUUGGAAACGGUUUCUGAAAGGUUAGAAACUGUGCUUCACAGCUAACAUGGUUAUUACUGUAAUUUCCCCUUUUCUCACUAAACCUUUUUAUUUUUCCCUUUUUAAAACUCUCUAAACAUGCCUUAAAUUGUAAGUAACUGCCAGAUAUUGAAAGUUCUAAGUAUUCUGGAAAAAUGAGCAAGGGCACUUACAGGAAAUUUUCUGGGCCUUUUAUGAUUAAAAUAAGAAAAAGAGUUAAGAGGCUCAGGUGAUAAAGGUUAAAGCAUUUUGUAGGCACUCUUGAUGAUUCCAGAUGUAACCCCAGGGCUGGUAUGGCCUAUCAGAGUGACCAUUUCUUUUUGGGUUUUUUUAUUGAUAAUUCAGGUUUAACCGUUCGCAGAGGUCACAGUUCAGUUCGUACCUUAAUUGGGAUUCAACGGGAAAAAAGAAACAGGAAGUCCUGGAUGGAUAAUUCUGGCUCUCUUAUUAUUUUGAACUGGCAGUAGUGACAGUUACAUAAUUUCCAUCUUGCGUUGUUUAAAACUACCUGACAUAGAACAGUGGGUAGUGUGUUGAACAAAGAAAGAGCAAAAUGAAACAGUUCAAAGUAAAAAGCAGCACAGGUGUCAGUGAUUUUACUGAUUUUAAAUUAUAAAAUAAAUAGAGCAUAAAAAAGCUUGCGUCUUUGAGCCAUUUAUCAUAUGUGCUAAGCCACAGCUUUUGUGAGCCACUAAGUCAACAACAGAACCGACACUGAUGAGAUUUCAGCACUUUUAAUGCUUAAUUGAAGCCAGGCUGACCCUACAGAUAGAAUAUAUCUGCAUGUAUUUGCAACAGUAAAGUUUUCAUUUGUGUCUGCUUUCACAUUCAGUGGCUUUUUAAACAACUUUUACAAACAGCAAAAAGUUACAAGCAUUGCUGCCAGCUGUAUUAAGGUGUGGAUACCAUGUAAAGGCCUUGUGUGAUUGUCUUUUUCCUCCAUUCAGACUUUUUUUGUUGUGUGACUGCAUGCAGCAAACUGUGAUGUCUGAACUGUGACAGUUUGAGAUGAAUAUAAAUACUGUUAAGCCAAUGCUAGAUUGUUGUAACUUUUCUCAUUAUAAGGAAACAAACAGUGUUGAUAUCUUCAGAUAUGAACAGAUAAAUCAAAAUUAAAAUAUUGAUAUCUUGAGAUAAGACAAGUCAAAAUUUUCAGAAACAACCAACAAUCUCUCUGUAUUACAGGAAAAUCAAUAAAAUGCAUGGAUGCAUGUCUACAUAUGGCUUCCAUACAAAUGGAAAAUGAUCUCUUUUUACGUUUUAAAUCACUGUACUCUUGGGCACCUUCAGAGCAGCAGAUUUUUUUUUUCUAGCAUUCCCCAGAUCUGUGUUUCGCUCCAGUCCUGUCUUUGCAGGCAGUUCCUUUGACCUCUUGUCUUAGUUUUUGCUCUGGUAAGUGUUGUCAGCUGUGAGGCCUUCUAUAGAGAGGUGUAUGGCUUUCCAAAACCUGUCCAGUAAAUUUGAUUUACCACAGACAGACUCAAUCACAGUGUAGAAACAUCUCAGCAAAAGAGGAAUGGGAGGCAUCUGUUUUUUUGUUUUGUUUUUUUUUUGUUUGUUCGUUUU